AAUGGCUUGCAGAUACGCCGCAGCAGCUUUGGAGGAAGAAGAUGGAAUUAAUGAGGAUAUCAGUCAAUCUGGGGUCAAUCGAGUGAAGUUGUUCGAUGCAGGUUACGUUUAUGAAGAAUAUCUGAGACUAGACACAGUGUUAACAAGUCAAGUUUUAUUAUCCGAAAAGAUUGCGGGACAGGCAGUCCACGAUGAACAUCUGUUUAUCAUCACACAUCAAGCUUUUGAAUUAUGGUUCAAGCAAAUUAUCUUUGAAUUGGAUUCUGUACGAGACAUGUUUACCGCUAGAAGUGUGAUGGACGAAAGGCAUAGUCUGCUAAUAAUAUCCCGACUUAGUAGAAUCGUGCUGAUAUUGAAAUUACUAGUCGAUCAGUUUAUGAUUUUAGAGAGUAUGACUCCGUUAGACUUUAUGGCUUUUCGAGAUAUUCUAACUACAGCUUCUGGCUUUCAAAGUUUACAAUUUCGUUUAUUGGAGAAUAAACUAGGAAUUCAGAAUACAAAUCGCGUUAAAUACAACCAACAACACUACAGGGAAGCUUUCAAGGACGAUGAGGCUGUUAAGAGAAUCAUCGCUUCGGAGACAGAGCCUUCUCUAUUUCAGUUGGUUGAAAGUUGGUUACAAAGAACGCCUGGUCUAGACGUUGCCAGCUUUAACUUUUGGCCGAAAUAUUGUCACUCUGUUGGAAUGUUUUUGGAAGACAAGUUUGAAAUCCCGGCAAAAGAGGAAAAGGAUGAAGCCAAGAAGGAAAGCAAGAUGGCGGCUUGGAAAAAGCAAAAAGAAACUUUUGAAUCGAUCAUGGAUGAUGAUAUGCACAAAUCUUGCAUCAGUCGAGGAGAGAGACGUUUAAACCAUCAAGCCUUUCAAGGAGCCUUAAUGAUUGCUUUAUACAGAGAUGAACCACGUUUUCAUCAACCAUUUCAAAUUCUAACACUCCUGACAGAUAUCGAUUCUCUUCUUACAAAAUGGCGAUACAAUCACGUAAUGAUAGUACAAAGAAUGAUUGGAAGUAAAACAGGUUCAGGAGGAUCAUCAGGAUAUCUCUACUUAAGAUCAACUGUAUCCGACAGAUACAAAGUCUUUAACGAUUUAUUUAAUCUGUCAACUUUUCUUCUGCCGAGACCUUAUAUUCCUCCGCUAACAAGCAGAAUGAAGAAGAGAUUGUCUGUUAUUAGAGCGGACACAGAUAUCAUUGACCAGCAACAAGAUGUAUUCGAAGAAGAGUCUUAA